AUGGUUCCUCUGAGUCUGUGGAGAAUUGCUGCUGACCUGCUCUCAGGUCUGGGCUCUGGAGGAGGAGUCAGCUGGAGCCUAGAGAGCCUGCAGCCUCACACCUCAGGCCCUCCUGGAGCUGCUCAUCUGGUCCCACGCAGCUCCUCUUCCUGCCUUCAGCUCUCCUCCACCAGAUCAUCCAGCUCUGACCUGCUCCACUGCAAAAGAAACACUGCCUACUCCUCCUGCUCCCCAAGCCUCAGUUUCCCAGAAGACCUUGGUGUUGGCAGUGAGCGCUCCUUCUCUUUGGAGAGUGUCCAGCAGACGGCUGACCUGAAGCGUAUCCAACACAAGCCUUAUGGUUUAGACUCUGAGAGCCGAGCCAGGGUCAGACUGAGGGAGCAGUCAGCAGGUAGAGCCUAUUACCAUGGUACAAGUGAAAACCGACUGUUGAAUCGCCACAGUCUGGGUCCAAUAUGGAGCAGUGGGCAGAGUUCCUACGAGAACCUGAAGGGGGCGCUGGCUCCUCAGCGGCUCAGUGACAGCUAUACUGCAACUUCAUCAGAGCAACUCAGCUCCUGGUCCAGCCUGGAGCAUGCCCGCUCCCUACGCUCUGUACGGUCUCAGCAGAAAGGCGGCUCCACAACAUUGUCAGCCAAAGGUUUGUACACGACUGAGGGACAGCUCCACACUGUGAUUGAAAAGAGCCCAGAGAGCAGUCCCAGCAGCAAGCCUAGACAGGUCCAGAGCCCAGGGCCCCCCAGGCCCACCAAUCACGCCUCUGGAUCCAACCUUGGACUUAACCCAACUCCACAUAGGGAACACUGGGAUGGAUACGCCCACACUUACCACAGAGCUCUGGAGGCAGAGAGGUAA